AGUGUGAGGCAGUUUUCUAGGUGAAGCUGCACAGAUAAUGAAUGUGUAAAUAUCCUCAACGGUCCUGUAUUUGUAUCUUGUGCUUGCAGAGGGGUGUGGAGUUGGAUGCAGAUCUCUGAGUGAAAUAAAAUAAGUAGUUUUGAAGACAGAGGGUUGCAGGAGGCCUUGGAAGGCAAUUUGUUUGUGUCAAGGUGUUAUGACUCCAGUAGCUGAAACUUUGUUGUACAGUAGGUAAGCUGGUGCGGGUGCUCUGUGGUACGGAGACGUGCUAUCUGAUUUGUGUGUGCAUGGGCUUUGGCAUCAGGCACUUAACUCCCAGGCAGCCUUGUACUGAGGGGUCAUCAGUCAGCAAACCUAGAGACUCGGGGAAUGACAGCAGAGGGGUAAAUCCUCAGUCUGGUAUGGGAACAUGGGCAUUGUCUUGUCCCAGGAGCUACACCUACAUGGGAGCAUUGUCUCUGCAGCUGUGUGUAAGGAAGGGCUGGAGCAAGGGGAGCCUGGUGCUGGGAAUCUGUGCUUGCAGGCAGCUGCAGCUCCCAGUAUUGCAAGUGGGUGGGGUGAGCAACACUAUACUUGAUGUGGGGUCCCAUGAGGGACUGGGACGCCCCUUCUGCUUUUGCCCAUGAACCAGGCAGACUUCUCCCACUGUUGCUCUUUCUCCUGUGUGUUCUGCCCUCAAAAUGGUGACCUCGAUUGCUCAGAAGUAGAAGCACCCAUCGUUAUUUAAAUGGCUGGGGGUCCUGGGCUGCUGUGCCAGCCUGAAACAGGGCUCAUCUGUGUGCGGGGUUCCCCAUUGUGGCUGCAGCACAGUUUCCAAGAGGAAUGCUGAAACAAAAGCGCUAAUGAGCACCAGAGAGGAAGGAUCUAUAACUUCCAGAUGGCAACAAGCCUGUAAUCCCUUUGGGAAGGAUUAGGGACUCAUCAGCGUGGCAGAGCCUGGCAAGGAUAGCCAAGCAAGGCACCUCUGGCUGCAGAGUCCAGUGCAGGUUUGGCAAUAUCCUGACGCUGGCCCCGCUGGCUGUCCUGCCCUGAGCUGCCUCGUUUGGUCUUGUAGCAUUCUGUGGCGGCCAGUAACUGGUCCUGCAGCACUGAACUCUCCUCAUUUUGACUGAUGGCAUGUUCUUCAGCCUAACCCCAUCUGGGUCCUGCUGCUCCCAAUGAAGAAAGGGACUUCCGCUGCUGAAAGGGAGACUUCAUCCUUUUUUUUAUGUCCCGUGGGAUUUUAAGGCAUUCUUGCUGGAUUUCACCUCCUAUUCAGGCAUAUUUUGAGGAUUUACAAACUUAUUUCGAUGGCUUUAUAAACUAGUGGGAUCUGAAGGCUUCUUCCUUCUGUGCCGCUCCUCCCACCUGUCUGCAAUGGGGCGAGAGCAGGAACUGAUCCAGGCUGUGAAGAAUGGGGACAUACCUGGUGUGCAGAAGCUGGUGGCCAAGAUCAAAGCAUCCAAGACCAAGCUCCUGGGAUCUGCCAAGCGCCUGAAUGUGAACUACCAGGAUGCAGAUGGGUUCUCAGCACUGCACCAUGCAGCCUUGGGUGGCAGCCUGGACCUCAUCUCACUGCUGCUGGAGGCACAGGCCACUGUGGACAUCAAGGACAGCAACGGGAUGCGCCCCCUGCACUACGCAGCCUGGCAGGGACGCGUGGAGCCAGUGCGGGUGCUGCUGCGUGCUGCCGCCUCUGUCAAUAUGGCCUCACUGGAUGGGCAGAUUCCACUGCACCUUUCAGCACAGUAUGGCCACUACGAGGUGUCGGAGAUGCUUCUGCAGCACCAGUCCAACCCCUGUCUCAUCAACAAGGCGAAGAAAACCCCCCUGGACUUGGCCUGCGAGUUUGGGCGACUGAAGGUGGCCCAACUGCUACUGAACAGCCAUCUGUGCGUUGCCCUCCUGGAGGGGCAGUCAAAAGACGCGACCGACCCCAACUACACCACCCCACUGCACCUGGCAGCCAAGAAUGGGCACAAGGAGAUCAUCAGGCAGCUGCUGAAGGCUGGAAUUGAGAUCAAUAAGCAGACAAAGACGGGCACAGCCUUGCAUGAGGCCGCGCUCUAUGGCAAAACAGAGGUGGUGCGGUUGCUGCUGGAGGGUGGUGUUGACGUGAACAUCAGGAACACCUACAACCAGACAGCACUGGACAUUGUCAACCAGUUUACCACUUCACAUGCCAGCAAAGACAUAAAGCAGCUGCUGAGAGAGGCAUCAGGAAUCCUGAAGGUACGAGCUUUGAAGGAUUUUUGGAACCUCCAUGACCCAACUGCUCUCAAUGUCCGGGCAGGAGACGUCAUUACGGUCCUGGAGCAGCAUCCGGAUGGGCGAUGGAAGGGACACAUCCAUGACAUUCAGAAAGGCACUGAUCGCAUUGGGUACUUCCCCCCCUCCAUUGCUGAAGUCAUCAGCAAGCGAACAGGCAUGAUCCUCCCCCGCAUGGCGUCCACACACCAGCACCAGGGCACUCCUGGGGCCCCCACGGCACUCCCUGACUGCAGCCCUCCACAGCUGCAGCAUCUCCCCAGCGAGUGUCCGCAGCAGGCAGCCCCAGCAUCCUAUGGCCACCUCACCCUAACCUGGACGGCCCCAGGCCCUGACAGCUCAGCAGGAGACAGGAACAGCGUGGGCAGUGAGGGCAGCAUUGGCAGCAUCCGCAGUGCAGGCAGUGGACAGAGCACUGAGGGUACCAACGGCCAAAACACCAACAUCGUCAUUGAGAACACCAGGCCGCUGCCCUCCACUGGUGAUGACCUCCAGCAACAGAUUUUGGGAUCAGAGCCACGCAAUGAGCAGAUUACUUCCAUGACAGGGCCCCCAGGCCACCAGACCCCUAGCAGCUGCACCCCUGGAGACAAAGUCUUUUCACACCAGUUUCUGCGACCUGAGCAGCUCCUUGAGGGGAAGGAUGCAGAAGCCAUUUACAACUGGCUGAGUGAGUUCCAGCUGGAGUCAUACACUGUCAACUUCCUCAACGCUGGCUACGAUGUCCCCACCAUCAGUCGAAUGACACCAGAGGACCUGACGGCCAUCGGUGUGACCAAACCAGGCCACAGGAAGAAGAUCUCCAGUGAGAUUGGGCAGCUCAGUAUCACCGAGUGGCUGCCCAACUAUAUUCCGGCUGAUCUGAUGGAUUGGCUCAGUGCCAUUGGUUUGCCGCAAUACCACAAAAAAUUGGUAAACAACGGCUAUGACUCCAUCACCAUUGUCACAGACCUGACAUGGGAGGAUUUGCAAGAGAUUGGCAUCAACAAGCUGGGCCACCAGAAGAAGAUCAUGUUGGCUGUAAAGAAGCUCAGAGACCUCCGCAAAAGCCUCAGCCAAACAGAAGCGACACUGACAAGACAUAAAGUUCCUGGUGCCCUGGACAUUGUCACUAUUGAGUCACUGGAGAAUGGGGAGUGCCAGUCCCCAAACACACCCAAAAUGACAACGUUCCAGGACAGCGAGCUCAGCUACGAGCUCCAGACAGCCAUGUCCAACAGCUGCCACGAGACGCUCAGCAUCAAAAACAGCCAGGGAAUGUCACGGAGCCAGGAGAGCAUUGGGGUGCGGUCCCGGGGCUCGGGGCACUCACAGGACAACGUACCGUGCCGGCACCUCUCCAGUCCCUCUCAGGAGAGCCUGGGCAGCGGGGAGAGCAGCAGCAGCAGCAGCGGGCAGUCCUGCAUGCCACCUCACAGCAAGGAAAACCUGGCCAGCCUGCCGAGACAGCCUAGCCCGGAGCCCUAUGGGAAGCUCACCUCUCCUGAGGGGCUGAAUGGCUUCGCUAAUUGCAGUGGGGGCAGCCCUCUCAAGGAGAGGAACCUGCCUGAAGGCACAGAUCAGUAUGCCCGGCUGACAGCUCAGAAAGGUGCUGGCCAUGUGGGGACACUGAUGGUCACUCCCAGCACUCCUCCCCAGACUCCCAGCAAGGCAACAGCUCCAUAUGUCUUCAUGUACCCACAUGUCUCCUUGAAAUCCCCAAGAACCCCUUCCAGCCAGGGAGCAGAGCAGCCUAAGACCUCUGCACACUCCUACCCCUCCUCUGGGCAGAAAAGCAGUCUGCAGACAUCAGCCCCAAAAGCUUUCUCGUACCUGCACAGUCAAUGUAGCCCUGCUGAGCUGCUCAAAGCUGCCACAACCCCAAAUGCCUGGCAGACAGGGGAGCAGCACAAGGGGGGCGAAGGCUCCAAGAACAAGAAGCGCUCACACAGCCUGAAUCGCUAUGCACUGUCGGAUGGAGAGCCUGAGGAGGAGGAGGGGAUGCCCACCAGCACGCUGGGCUCCUAUGCCACCCUGACGCGGCGGCCAGGCCGCAGCCAGAUGCCACGGGCCUGCCUGCAGACAGAGGCCAAGGUGACCCGCAGCCAGUCCUUUGCCAUCCGGGCCAAGCGCAAGGGCCCCCCCCCGCCGCCUCCUAAGCGUCUCAGUUCUGUCUCUAGCACUCCCACCACCGAAGUGGACAAUGAACAGCCUCCUAACCCUGAACAACAGCCUUCUGUACCCCGGGAUGUGGCUGACACAGGUACCAGCCCCAGUGACAGCAGCUGCAGCAGGACAGUGAGGAGCCUGGUGGCCGCACUGGAGGAAACACCAGGGCUGAAUCCACCCAAACCUCUCCUAGCCCCGAAACCACUGCAUGUGGCUCAGGACUCUCUCUCCAAGGCUGCUGUGGAUGGUAAGUCCCACAACAGUUGUGAUCCCAGUGGCACUGUGCUCUCUGAUUCUGGCUGGGACUCAUUUGAUAGCAGCAAGCCGAGGAGACGGACACUGAGUGAGCCCAGUACUCCCAUGUCAGAGGCUGUGCAGGGUAGGCAGGAGGAUGCCUGCUCAGAUGCAGAAGAAGAGGCCAAGCCAGAGGUCUCUUCAUCCUCCCAGAACAGUUCCAGUGAGUGCAUCCCCUUUGCAGAAGAAGGCAACUUAACUAUCAAGCAGCGACCAAAGCCUGCUGGGCAACCUAAGGCUGACACUGCAGUGCAAGGCACAGAGCCCAGUUCCCAGCCUGCGGAGUCCCUGUGCUCUGAUGGGAAGGAGACGGCUGUGUCCACUGCCACCAGGGAGCUGCCCAUGCUGGAGUUCAACCUCACUGAGUCAGACACGGUGAAGCGCCGACCCCGCUUCAAGGAGCGGGAGCCGCUGCAGGCAGUGCUGAAGGCAUUCAGCAUGGCAGGGCAGGCUGAGGUGGGGGCCAGCUCUGCACCGCAGUAUGCCCAGGCCCAGGCUGUAAGCAUCGUGGGCCCCACCACACAGGGGCCAGCACCACAGGCUGGACUGGCUGGAGAUGCUUUUGACGAUGACAGUGUGGAGUUCAGGAUUGCUGAGAUAGAGAAGAGCAUCUUGUCACUGGAGAAAGGGAUUAAGAAGGCACCAAGCCCCAUCAAAGCUCCCAGCCCCACAGAACUGCUCAGCACUACUGUGGUGAGGAUGCCUGCUCCAGGUAUGGGGAUCUGUGGGGAGGCCCCUAGGGUUGUGGCAGGGUCUGAGCCUCUCUUCUACCAUGGCUGGCUCGAUGUGGCAUUCCCAACCAGCCCAGUGAGGGGGACCUGUGCCACCUCAUGCCAUGAGGCUUUUUCUCUUGCAGACAUCCCUGCCAAGCACACUUCAGUGGCGUCCACAAAGCUGGUGUUCUCUGGGCCCAAGACCAUCUACCAGCAGGUCCUGCAGCCCUCCCGCCAUACUGUCGCUCCCUGGGCAGCCAAUGAGUCAGUGCCAGAUGUGAUCGGGUCCCUGGCUGGCCCCAGCCCGCUGACACUGGAGGCAAGCAGCAAGGUGUUUGUAAAGCCCUUGGCCUCUGCCCCAGGGGCUGCCCUAGUCCAGCAGCGGCUGGAGCACACCAGCAUCACCACAUUGCAGGCAGCUGAGAAGAAGAUCACAGUGGAGGAGGUGCAGAGCCCCCUCAGGGCCACGCACUCAGCCAAGAACAUCCUGGAGGACAUCAGCAAUAUGUUUGAUGAUCUGGCCGACCAGUUGGAUGCAAUGCUGGACUGAGGCUUGUUCCCUGUUUCCCUUUCCCGCCUCUGUCUGCUCUGUCAGCCUGAUGGGGGAAGAACGGAUCAGCACCAAGCGGUGCCUUUAGGUCCCUCCAGCUGCCCCCUCCCUGCACUUUGCAACACUGCUGGGGAUGUGGAUUGCCCUCCUCACCCCUCAUGUCACUGAGAGCUGCCUGGCCUCAUGUCACCACUGCUGCACAACUGCGGGCUGCUUUCUGAGGGAGUCGGGCAUUUUCCUUUGGACUGACAGAAAGAGGAGAGCCCAGGAGGGCUGUGCUCCUGGAGGCCAUGGAGGAGUCCUCGCUCCCUUGCACAGAGCUGAGGAACCUCCACAAGGGACCUUUCUCUUUCCUCACUGCACUGAGUCCUGCUUCUUAUUAUUUAUCCCCUGCCAACAGUGUGUCAAAAGAAAGACCUUCCUGGGCAACUGCCAUGGAGCUGGCUACCACGCAGAGCCUUGCCUGACAGCAGCUGAAAGAAGACAGGGCUUGUCCUCAUUUGGCAGCUCGUACAGUGAGAAGGAACCUUCCUGCUUUAUUUGUUGCUUUUCCAAAUGCAUUAGUAUCAGGCAGCAUGUAAUGCGAGUGGAUUGAAAGCCCCAGUGGGACCCACACCUCCCAGGAUGGGGCUUGCACUGUGUAUGCCCACAGUCAUGGGGAUGGUGGCACUGAAUGCCGCACACGGACGCAUUUAAGGCAGUCUAGAGCAAUGUAUUCUGUGGAGGCUGGCCUUUGCUACACUGUGCCUACCCAAAAUGCAGCCCUUGAGCUUCCAGGGAUGAAGUAGCAGAAUGGUUAGUGGUAGCUUUUUCUUUUUUUCUUUAACCCUCAUUUCUUUUUAGGUGUGGGCCUUCUUCCUACUCCCUCUUCCCAUUUGCACUCUCCCUGCAAGGAGAUGCUGGCACAGGCUGUGAAUGCUGUUACACAGCAGCAGCAUUUGGGACCAGGCUUCCAUGCAGUGCUAAAACCCAGUGAGAGGGGUGAUCUCACAUGCAUGGGGUGAACUCAGCUCAGUAACAGCUGCUGUGCACACACACUGGAUGCAGUUACAGCCCGGUGGCUGCAGCAGGGGAACAGCAGUGGUAGCUCAUUGCAUCCAGCAAUAGGAACGGCUGCAUAGCUUGAAGACAGAUUUCUCUUCCAGGAUCUGUUUAGUAGUGCAUGUCUAAAUAUGACCAAGAGCCCUGAACUUGGCUUGCACUCAGCAUGCCAAGCAAAUGAAAGCACCGCAGCACCAGAAGGGAACCUAAGAUUGUACUGAAGUGCCAUUUGUUAGAAAAAUUCUGAACAAAGGGAAAAAUAAAUUCCAUUUCCAACCUCUGUUAGAAAAUGUCCCACACAAAACCAAACUGGAAAGGGAGAAGGUGGCCAAGAAGGUUUUCCCAGUCCUUUGGGGAAUGUGAGACUGAAGGAGCUUGUUCACAGCCCUUUACCUUGCAUGGAAGAGCAGAGCUUGCCCAGUUGGCUCACGUGGGCCUUCCCCCACAUGGCCAUGGCACCACGGCCUGGUAGGAUGUGCUAGCCUUGCUCCUGGGCUGGGAAGCAAAGAUGGAAAAUUCCCCAAGAAAGGAUUGGCUGGGACCUGAGGUCAGUUUGAGGUGGUUAAGGCACCUUACUCCUGGCUAGUUGGUUGCUCUGUUCUAUACAUCAUAUUGCGCGUGUUUAAAUGACCACGUCUGACAGGCAAGUGCUGCAUCGUGGACAUGAUGAUUUUAAAAUAGCUCCAGCCUGUGGCACUUUAUCAAAAGGUUUGCACAAACCUUUUAACAACUGUUUUUAUUCUCAUGAGUCAACCUGGGACAAAUCCAGUUUUUUUGGUUUUUUUUUUUUUGUUUGUUUUUCCUGACAUUGAUAAACUGUAAUUUUUUUUUUAAAGGCCAAUGUAUAUAUUUUAAAUGUGAUUUAUUAUAUAUAUUUACUAGCCAGAACCGCAAGUCUUGUACCCUCGGGUCAGGUGUAAGAGGACACUAGUGUGGAGCUGUCGCUGUCUGAGCCACCUGAGGGCAGCAUCAUGCCGCUCUCACUGUCAAUAAGGGAAUUAAACACUUGAUUUUUUCAGAAGAAUACCUAUUUUUUAAGCUCUAGAUCUCUAUUUUGAAGCUACUGUAUGGUGUGUAAGUUAUGCACACUGUGGCUGGGACUGACCCUGCCUGCACCUGCUCCGUGCAGCAAGACAGAGGCAAAACAAAUUGCCCAUGUAAUCAUUAGACUGACAAGAUUUUAAACCUUCUGCUGUUUGUGUUGAUAAUGUUUUGUUUUCCACUAACAUCCAUUAAGACUGAAUUCUAUUAAACAGUGGGGCCUAUUUUACCCUUUUUAUA